AGCAUUUUGGAGAACUGAUCCCGCUGUGUCUCUGGGGUGAAACCCUGGUGAUUCUGUCAGCUUCAUAGGAUCCACAGACACUCGGCAGACAGAGUCUCAUUAGCAGCCUUGCCGGACUGGACUUUUGAGUGAUCUGACUGUGACUUAUACCUGUGAUUGGAUAUUGCUGCACCCUUGAGGAUGGUCUAGUUGCAGUUCUUGACAGCAUUGAAUAUCUCGCCUGUCAGCGGUUCCCGCGAGUUCCGGUGUAUACUAUCUUGAACUAGGCAGCUAGGGUCAACUGAGCACCGUUACUUGCCAGCGCCAUGGAGUCCUCGAGUCAUUCGUCACAGGUUGCCGCGCAAGGGCAGGAGACUUCCAAGUCUCCGGCCGAUGUUAAAUACCCAGAAAUGCCUCUACCACAAGUGACGGCAGGGAACUCAGAUCGAGAUCUACCUGCUAACAUUCCGGCUCACUCCAAAGAGGAGACCCUCAAUCCAUUGACGGCACCGAAGAGAGACAAGCCAAGCCUACCCGCCAAAGAAGAGGAGAGAAUGUUUCAAGCCUUAAAGGCUGUAUUCGAGGAUGCCGGAGAGGAUACAGCCAGCUUCGAUUUGAGGAAUCUAAUGGCAUCUCUUGAGUUGGUGGAUAAAGAAUCCGCCUAUGGACCUCCAAAUGCGCGCAUACUAGAGGCCGUCAAGUCCAAGCUGUAUCAACUGUGGGAAACUAAUUCUGGCUAUAUGGCUCGUGUUACCGAAGUGUUGGCAAAUGGAAGCCGAGAUCCGAAAUGGCGACUACCUUACGGUACAAGUGGCAUCUUGGACUUCUACCUUCGAGUCAUCUCAACGCAGGGUGUUGAUGACGAUAUUCUACUCCAUGCCUUAAGAUUGAUUGGGAAUUCAUGUGCUGAUACAGAUGAAAACCGGCAGCAAGUGGUGGACAGGAAUUAUACUCUGUCAAUAAUGAUGCUGUUUGAUAACCCGGCACUUGUCCAUGUAGCCAUUCCUGUUAUUUACAAUAUUUGCGUUGACUUUGAACCCGCUCAAGCCCAAAUAGCGAUGGAUGGGAUAUGUAAUCCCCUCCUAAAAUUGCUUGCGAGUGGGUCAAUUCAAGGGAACGCGUUGCUGAGCUAUACUUAUGAACUUGUUGAAAUAGCAAGUGGACAAGGACAGUUUCUAGAUUCAGUACCGGAUGAUUCUCUUUUGUUAAUUAUUACACUGGCUACAGCCUCCGAUAUAUCCCUGCCUCAUUUCACAUCCAUUACGAAUUCUCUUGCGGCAUAUUUACAGACCGAUCGAUUUCAACGAGUAUGCAUAUUGCAAGGACAAGUUGAGAACGUGCUCUCGAUUCUAUCGCAGUCGUACGAAAUGGAAGAUGAAGAAAUGUCUUCGGACGACGAACAAGCUCUAUCUUCUAGCCGUUUGAAACUUAAUCAUGCGCUUUCGGACCUCUCUGGAUUAGAGAUAUACCCUACAGCAUAUCCCCUCGGCUCUGCACUUACUGGGACCCUGAUAUCUUGGCUUAAAUCGUCGAAUGACCAUUUACAGAUCUGUGCCUGCGUUAUGCUUGGAAAUCUCGCACGGGAGGAUGCAAUUUGUGAAUCGAUGGUCCAAAAGCUGCAAGUCCAUCUACCGUUAAUAGCGAUUCUAGAGAGUGAUGCCAGGAGCCCAGUGCUUCAUUCAGUGUUGGGAUUUUUGAAGAAUCUUACCAUUGCAGGCAACAACAGAGAAUACCUUGGUGAGGCUGGUAUUAUUGAAAGACUAUCCAGGCUAUGGGCGGUUGAGACAGCUCCUCAAAUACAAUUUAUGGCAGCCAGUCUAACGAGACAAGUCAUACUCUCCUCAGUUUCUAAUAUAUCUCGACUGCUUGACCCCCUGUCCUCGGACCCCAAUUCACCAGCAAAUGUGCGCACGUACCUUUCUCUCAUGCUCUCUCUUUUCUUCAAAACUGAUUCUUCGCCUACCCGGACCGAAAUUGGUCGAACUGUAGCUUCAAUUUGUCGUGUUCUACUACGAUUUAACCCGGAACCAGAGAGAAUAAAUACGACAGAGGCUCUUGUCAAACGCCUGUUCGGCCUCCAUAAAGAUGUCGCCCGGCCAAUCGGGGCAAUGAUAACUCAAACUGACUGGCCAGUUGUUCGUAGCGAGGGCUGGUUUGCUCUCGCGUUGAUGGCUUCGAACAAAGAAGGCAGUGAGGCGGUGGGUGAUUGCUUGCAGAGCAUGAGCGUCACAGAUAUCCUCUGCGAUAUGGUGCGAAAGAGAAUACCUGAGCCCUCGGAGAGCGAAUCUACUCAAGAAAAGACCAACCGAGCUAGACUAGCAAAGGAUAGGGAUAAUGCUUUGAUCCUGCUACAUGGUUUACUACAGCAUCCUCCUCCAACUUUAACAUCAGCUCGGAGGGAAAUAUUUGAACAGCUGAUGGCUGAAAUCGGCCAGCCUAAGGCCUAAUGAGAUUCACCUUCCCCCACAUAUCGUGAUGAAGUAUUUACGAAGUUCUCCAGUGACGUUGAGUCUUGCAUUUAGUUGCUAGAUCCUAGCGUGUUAUCAGCCGGCGAAAUGACGAAUUAUGGUUCGGGAAUGUCCCAGAG